UUUAUCUUGCUGUCUCUCCAUGACUCUCUCUUUCUCUAUUUUAAUAUCAAUUUGCUACAACGUGUAGCAUUAUAUCGUUCUCGGCAGCCACUCAGGCGUCAUAAGCUAGGGAUUGAAUAUUAUGUGAUGAUAUUUUGUACAGUAAGAUUUGUUAAAAAAUGGUUAAUAUGAAAAUAAAUAUAUAUGCCCUCAGAUAGUAUCAUCGGGUGUAUAAUUAUAUCUUAUUUCUUUUUCAAAAUCGACUACAACACAAGACGCCACAACGAUGUCCACCACGGAAUCCACCACCUCACAUCCUACCACAACUACUCAAUCGACUACAACACAAGACACCACAACGAUGUCCACCACGGAAUCCACCACCUCACAUCCAACCACAACUACUCAAUCAACUACUACACAAGACGCCACAACGAUGUCCACGACGGAAUCCGCCACCUCACAUCCUACCACAACUACUCAAUCGACUACAACACAAGACGCCACAACGAUGUCCACCACGGAAUCCACCACCUCACAUCCUACCACAACUACUCAAUCGACUACAACACAAGACACCACAACGAUGUCCACCACGGAAUCCACUACCUCACAUCCAACCACAACUACUCGUAAGAAAACUUCAUUUACACCAUAUCUC